AUGCAGCACUCCGGAGGCGGCAACCCCGCCUCUUCCCGCGAAGAAACAUCACCAGAGCCUGGAGCGCCGGACUCCCCAACCACCCCGCCUGGGCACGAGAAGGACUCGCGCCCCCAGCGCCGUCAGCGCCGCCGCCGCCGCCGCCGCCAGCAGCAGCAGCACCACCAGCAGCAGCAGCAGCCGCCCGGCAACAUGAGCACUUCCGGUAGGUCAGAGGGCAGGAGGAAAAGCGGGUGCCAGGUAGCGGGGGGGGGGACGUUGGGGCGCGGGGCCUGGUCGGGGGCGAGUGGGCGAGCGGGUGAGUGAGAGAAAUAGGGCAGGGUGUUCGGGACUGCCCCCCCCCGCGGGCUCCGCACACCCGGAGCGCGAGUUCCCCUUGCCGAAGAGCCCCCUCAGCCGCCCCUUUCGGAGCUUCCGGGCGGGGUUGGUCUCCCAGCAUGCCGAGCGGCCGGAUGUACCGCCAUGUUUUGGGCUCCCUGCCUCUUGUGCCUGUAGUAUUGACAAUAACAAGCGGCGCGGCGGCCUCCCUUGUUCGUUUCCCCCUCUCCCGGCCGCGAAGGAGGUGGCGGGGAAGCGAGAGGGAGAGGGAGCGGGAAAGGGAGCCCGGCUCCCCUCUCCGCCCCUCCUCGGGAGAGAGGUGAUCUCGGGGAAAGGAGCGAGGCAGAGUGGAGGGGACCCUGGCCGCCUCCAGGAGCUGAGAAAGUGAGGGGACGGGCAGAGGCAGAGUCGCUGAGAGAGGUUCGCGGGAGUCCGGGGCAGGGUGGCCAGGCGGAGCUGCCCUUCCCCUCUCGGGGAGCCAGACGCCUUUUCUGAGAGCUCGAUCCAAGCGAGAAGGGGUGAAGGGAAGGCCGGCAAGGGCUUCCUUUCCUCGUGAGAGGGAAGUGAAGAGAAGCGAACCGGCUGGCAAGGAGGCACUUGUUCUGCCUGGACGGACGAGGCAGAGAUCUUCCACGACUUGCUCUGCGUACCUGUCCCACCAGAAGGAUUUGAUGCCCUUCAGCCUGCUCACCUCUGUGGUGUUCAUGUUUCCCACAGGUUUCACUUCCCCCAACCCCUCAGCAGCAGCAGCAGCUCAGGAGGUCAGACCCGCCACUGAUGGUAGUAGCAGCAGCAGCAGCAGUGGUGGCGGCGGCGGCGGCGCCUCGUCUUCUUCCAAGAAAAGAAAGCUAAAUAGUAAUAGCAGCAGCACUGAUAGAGAAGAGGUUGAAUCCAUCACCUCCUGCUCCUCCGUUCUUCCCAGAAAUAACUCUUCCACAUCCUCUAUUGCUACUGCUACUACUACCACCACCACCAUCACCACCACCACCACCCCUGCCACCUCUGCCUCCUGUUCCUCCUCAUCAGGAGUUGCCUCUUCCAACCAUUACCUGCAGAAGAAGUUGCGCUUUGAGGACUCCUUGGAUUUUUUUGGACUUGAUGCAAAGAUGGCUGAAGAGUCUUCCUCCUCCUCUUCCUCCUCGUCACCUGCUGCCUCUUCUCAGCAGCACCAGCAGCAGCAGUUCAAAAACAAAAGCCUCUUAAUUUCCUCAGUAGCUGUGGGACACCACGCAAAUGGCCUGACCAAAGCUGCCUCUUCCACUGUCUCCAGUUUUGCCAACAGUAAACCUGGAUCAGCCAAGAAGUUAGUGAUCAAGAACUUUAAAGGUAACAUGGUUAUUUCAUUCCUUAUCUCUGAAAUGUGUAUCUACAUAAAGAGGGAUGGCACGUACUUUGCAGAAAUCUUUGGUGUGUGGGAUCAUAUUCACCACUCUGCCACGGAAUCCCUUGUUAGAGGAAACCAGACCACUUAACUGGGAUCCAUUACAAUUUUAUCCCCAAGUGUAGUGCUUUCUUUUUUGCCAAACAAAAAAAGCGUCAGGUGUUCAUUCAUAUAGCUGGUUUGAAAAAGAUACGUUUUGUGGAGUUAAAUCUCCCUGUAAUUGGUGGUUGCAGAGGGGAGGGACAGGAAUUUUUCAUUCCUUCUCCAAUGGCUCUAAAAAUGAAACCAGUCCCCCUCAACAUAUCCCCAGCUCUUCACUAUACAUCCAUGCUCCAGUUUCCCCUUUCUUGCUGCAGUUCUCGAGUUAAAUGGAAUGUGAAGCUUUUAAAAGUAUGACAAAAAGAUAUAAUAUUGAAGACAGACUAUUUUUAAGUUGCAGCUUAGAAAAACUUAGAUUGAUGUAUAUGCUUCUGUUUCUUAAACAUGUUUGUGAAAUUACAGCUCUUUUCCAUAAGCAAGUGUUUAGAGAUUUUCAAACAAAGUUGUAUGCUAUUUCCUGCAGCUGCAUGUGAGGAUCCCUGCUCUGAAGUACUAGUAUGCAGUGCUGGUUCAGAACAGGGCACAGCAUCCUUGACCUCCUAAAAUCAUACACUGGGAGUUUUCAUUAGAAUGAGGUAGCAGCUAUUUCAUCCUUUCCUUAUUUCUCAGUCAGUUUAGGAUAAAAUUGUAGGGAUACAAUCAUUUCCACAAAUAUAACGUGAAUCCUGUACAGUUGUUUGCCAGAGACAUUCAUCUUGGAUGGUAGGGAAGGAAAUGAGAGGAUCCUAUCAUUUCUGGAAUUUUGUAUUUUCUCGAGGCAUGUGUGUCUCCAUAGUUUGAGAACCUGUCAAAUAUUCCCUCUAAUGUUUGGUUGAGUCCCAAGUAAAAAGCUUAAAAUUAUUCUUGUAAUCAGCAUACAUAUAUUUAUUACAUGGAGGAGGCUAGAUGGAAAAUGAGAGGAAGCCAAAGAAUUUUGCCUGGACACUCAGGUUUUUAAAGCAGCAUGUAAUGUGGGUGUUAAAUUAGGGUUGUAGCACUCCAUAGAUAGAAUGAGUUCUGUUUGGUUCUGGUUCUGAAAAGAAAUUCCUAUGCUCAGAAUGUGCUCAGAGGCACCCUGCUCUUUAAUUCUAACUGCACCUCUUUUGCACUUGUUGCUGGUUGGCAAAUCUUGGGAGUCUAAUAAAAAUAGUAGAUCUUAGCAGUGGGAAGAUUGCCCAUUCCUAACCAAAAGUCUCAAAGCUAGGUACUGUAACUUCAAAUGGGGUAGUAAUGUUAAUUUGUUGCAGUAAAAAGACAAGAAAGCCAUGGGGGACCUGAUGUACCAACCUUAAUUCUGUUGUUGUUAGUUUUUUUAAACUGUUUCUAAUAUUAUGUUGCAACUGCUGCAACCCACCUUAGGGUGAGUGGUGGAUAUAACAUUCUCUAGUGAAUUUUGAUAUCUGUAUGCGUAAGGGGGGGGGUUUAUGGAUAUACACAUACCAAGAAUGAUAAAGCAGGCUUUGAUGUAUUAAUCUCUGGCUUUGAAGAGCUUUGUUAUGUCUCUGAAAAAAAAUAUAUUUUGUUUUUAAAUAUCUGUCUCAAAACAUUUCUGCUUUCUAAUCAAGUUAAUUAACUGUUGCUUUUUUAAAGGAAGUAUCUUACUUCAGGAAAUGAUAGAGUAUAUUGGCUGUUUCUUACUUCUAAGUACCUUCUAUCACUCUACAAAAGAAAAACAAUACAGAUGGUCCUUAUUUUUGUAAUUAUAAAAAAUAUUUUUAUAAUUUUGGCCUCACCACCAUACACCAGUACCAUACACACAUUCCUGUUUGUCUACCCUUAACAUGCAGGUCAAGCUGUCUUUUGUUAAACCGCGUUUGCCUUUCCCAGACACUUUCCACUCAUUUCUUUGCUUCUGACUGGUAAAUGUGAAUCUUGCAUUUCCAUUUCCUGACUCGUAUAUAAGUCCAGUUCUCACUGAGUGUCCAUUUGACUCUUUUUAUGCUUCUUUUGGGCAAAUGCCUCACUGACAAAUUAAUGGUACCAAGCAUGUAUGUAUUGUGAAGAAUCUGUAUUUCUUUUCCUUUCCUUGCUGUAUAUAUACUAUUCUUGCCACAACUGAAGAGUGUAGAAAUGUCUGUGGAUGAGGAUAGGAUACAUCUUCAGCUGAAAUGGUAGAUCUAGAAAGGGAACAUCAUCUGCCAGCAUAUAAACUGUACUGCACAUCUGAUCUUCAAGCCACACCACAUGAGGAAUAUGCAGUGCCUCAAGAGCUGCUUAUUAGUAGCCCUGGCUACUAAUCAGUUUGAUCUUACAUUAUGUUGAAAUGAUGCUAAGUCAAUAAGAACAUUUGUAUGGCUUGGUUUUCAAACUCCAUACAAAUGAUAUGCUUAAGGGGGCAUUUUAAAAUUGAUCCAUGAAACUGUGGCAGCACAUGAGGAAUGAAUCUUAUCCACUUCGUAAGUAGGAUAUAGUAUUUAGAACGUGGUAAGAUAAAAGCCAGUACCUUGAAUCCUGCCUUGAAGACUUGCAUAUUGGAAUCCUUGUGUAAUGUGCUCCUUGUGAUAUUUCAGUUUCAUGAGGCAGGCUGUUGCAUUGUCUGUAUACUGAAGAUUCUGAAAAAUAAUCAAGAAAGCUUUGCACGCAAUACAUUACAGCAGCUGAUUUUUUAAAACAUGAAUGCUUUUUAGUUCUGAAUUAGGGGGGCGGGGAUUGGCAAUCCAAGGCAAUCUUGUUUUGUACUGGUCAACUAUUGCUUAAUAGAACUGUCAAGUUCAGUAGCAAAGUCCCCAUGAUCUGCAAUCCAUUUGGUAAAGGUAAAGGGACCCCUGACCAUUAGGUCCAGUCGUGGCUGACUAUGGGGUUGCAGCGCUCAUCUAAAUUAUUGGCCGAGGGAGUUGGCGUACAGCUUCUGGGUCAUGUGGCCAGCAUGACUAAGCCGUUUCUGGCGAACCAGAGCAGAGCAUGGAAACACUGGAGUGGGUACCUAUUUAUCUGCUUGCACUUUGACGUGCUUUCAAACUGCUAGGAGCAGGGACUGAGCAACAGAAGCUCACAUCGUCGCGGGGGUUCGAACCGCCGACCUUCUGAUCGACAAGUCCUAGGCUCUGUGGUUUAACCCACAGCGCCACCCGCAUCCCGCAAUCCAUUUGACUCAUCCCGAAUUCAACCAUUUCACCAUUCUGAUGGGUCAGUUUAGCAGAGAUCUGUAUUGUUCAGAGACAAUGUCUAGUUUUCAUUUGUUUACUUGCAAGUCACUAUUGUGACCUGGCUACUGAUGGGGCAGAAACUGGUACGUUGAGCAUCUCCUAGAGGGAUUAUUUGUAUGUAAGCAUAAGUACAAAUGCUUCCUUGAUUAUGAGUUUUGACAUAGAAGUAAAUCUUGUGGGUCACUAUUGAAAGCUCACUAAAUGGCCUUUGAUCUGCUCCAGAAAGGCUGUUCUUACAUUCUUAAAUUAUAUAUUUUCUGUAAAAGACACUAAUUUUUAAUAUCUUGCAGAUAAACCUAAACUGCCUGAAAAUUACACAGAUGAAACCUGGCAAAAACUGAAGGAAGCUGUAGAAGCUAUUCAGAACAGUACUUCAAUUAAGUACAACUUAGAAGAGCUCUAUCAGGUAAGUGUCAAAACUUGUAGCGUUCAAUAACAUAGGUAAAGCCGUACUAGACUGUAAACAUCCCUGAGGUUUUUAGCUCACUUUCUAGGGCCUCAAACUAUCUGGGUUUGAAGUGUGGAUAAGGACCCAUAAUCACUCAGUGAAGACCAGGUUAGACUGAUGGUACUUCAGAAAACUAACGAGAGCUCCUUCACAAAUUCAUCAAGCCAGAUAUACUUUUUCAAUCAACACAGUAAAAUAUUCAGAUGUUCAUCUGAAUGGCUUUUUUCUGGUACAUUCACUAUGGUUCAGGCACUCUAGAAUUUGUAGUGGCACUUCAACAAAACAGUGAAGACUGGUCACAAUUUUAGGUGUCCUGCACUUCAGAGAGGGACAAACUACAGUUUGAAGUACAUCUUCAGGAGUACUAUGCUGGCAUGACCAAAGAUUCUCUGGAUAGAUAGGAUGAUAAGCUUCACAGGGAAACAAAGGUUCUGCUUAUUGCUGGGACGACAACUUCCAUCCCAGUUUGUUUCUUGUUCCUAGUGUGCUGACACAGACCUAUUGUGAGGUUGAAACAUCGCAGGCAGGGAGGCUCUUUUAACAUGAAAUUGAAGUAGAACUUCCCCAGUUUUUUGAUACUAUUUAUUAGUAAUAUAUGUAUAUAUUAUAUAUUGCACACUCGUUUAAAGUACAGUGGUACCUCGGGUUAAGUACUUAAUUCGUUCCGGAGGUCCGUUCUUAACCUGAAACUGUUCUUAACCUGAAGCACCACUUUAGCUAAUGGGGCCUCCUGCUGCCGCGCUGCCGGAGCACGAUUUCUGUUCUCAUCCUGAAGCAAAGUUCUUAACCUGAGGUAAUAUUUCUGGGUUAGCGGAGUCUGUAACCUGAAGCAUAUGUAACCCGAGGUACCACUGUAUCAAGAUGGUGUUCGACACAUAUAAUAGAACAUAAAAAAUACCAUAAAACAUUAAGAGGAAUUUUUGGUGCUUGCAGAAAUAUGAGGUCAUCCACUGCUCUGCAGCACUCAAAAUACUUUUAAUGCUAGUGGGAAUGUAAAUUAGUGUACUACCAUUAGUUUACUCUUCAAAUGAGUAAAGUUAAAGUAAUCUGAAAAAGCUAGAAAGGCAAGUUGUCAUAAGUAGAUCCAAGUUACAGUAUUGCUAAAAAUGGGGAACUUAAGUUGCUUACUGACUUUUUUAUUGUGGUAUUUACCUACUUCUCGAGAAGCAGGAAGCAAUGAUGAAAUGUUUCAAACUCCAGCCUCAAAUACUUGAACACCUGGGAUUUUGCUUGUUUUUAUAGGAAGCACACUUAAGAAAUCAAAAGACAUAACUUCAGUAGUCCCUUUUACUACAAAUGCUUGGUAUAUUCUUUUCUUUGUUGCCUUAAAAGUAACAGAUUCCCUUACCUUAAAGAAGCAGCAUUUACCGUAUUUUUCGCUCUAUAGGACACACCUUGUUUUAGAGGGGGAGAACAAGAAAAAAAAUCCCCCUCUCUGCUCAGCGCCCCUUCAGCGAAGCGGCAGGAGAAACGGAGCCCCUUCCAUUUCUCCUCCCGCUUCGCUGAAGGGGCGCUGCGCAGCUCUCCCUCUCUGCUGAAGCCAGGAGAGUCUUGCUCUCCCGGCUUCAGCAUAUGGAACCCAAAGCCUCCGGAGCGCGGAGGGAGCGCUCCCUCUGUACUUUGGAGGCUUCGCGUUGCUUUCGCUGAAGCCAAGGAGCCUGCAUUCGCUCCAUAGGACGCACACACACAUUUCCCCUUAAUUUUUGGAGGGGGAAAAGUGUGUCCUAUAGAGUGAAAAAUACGGUAUAUGCAGAGUUAAGCAUUUGUAUCAUUUUCGUGUAUAUUUUACAGGAUUACCUCAUCUUCUUUAUCACUUACCAUCCCUUCUUCCCUAUCUGUUCCUAUAUUAUUUUGAAUGCAUGUUUUUUCUCGCUCACUUAAUUUUGCCAGUUAACUGUUGAGUUUUCUGUAGAACCACAGUAUUUCACAGACCCACUAAGCCUUUGCUUAAGACUUUAUAAUCUGAUUAUGUGUGCUUCUAUGGAAUUACUUUGCAUCUUCACUGAUUUUUGGAAAGAUAACCUUUACUUUGGGUUUUGUGAAUGUCAAAGGAAAGAUUCUUAAUCUGCAUGCAGUUUGUAUUCAGUUUGUUCAAUACCUGUCUUUCAAAGGUCUUCUUAAUGUAGAGUAUUCUGUAGCUAUUCCGGUUAAUAACUGUGUAGGAUUUUGAAUCUUUGAAAGUACUAUUUGGAUAUCACUUGUUAAGUGUACUUUUUAUCUAAGGGGGGGUGUUGAAUUAUUUCUUAAAUUAUCACUAUUAAGAAGUGAACAUUAUUCCAUAGGAUAGUAUAAUCAAAAGACUGAACAAAAAUAAUGACCGAAACAUUGGCUAUUUGAUGUUGCUAUUUUAAAAUGGGGGUGGGAAGGAUCUUGUUAGAGUGCUUCUUGUUGCAUGGCUGUUUAGGACAAAAGUUCCUAACAUUUAAAAUAUAAAAACAACACUCAGUUAUUAUUCUUAAUAUUUUUUUUAAUUAGUUUUUUACCCACAAAGUUCUCAAAGUGACUUACAAGAUUAGAUACAGCAGAUAAAAGCAAUAAAAGCCAGAAAAUGUAAAACAAUGUAUAGUGCAAAAUACAGAAAAUGCUAACACAGUAACAUCAUACGAAUAAGUCCUAUUGCUUGUGAUACAAAUCUGAUACACAUACAUCUACUGACAUAACUUUCAAAUGGAGUAAAGUCCAAAUUUUACAGUUGCAUAGUUGGAGAUGGAAUGGCCUCAAGCAGGCAGCCCUUGCUUCUAAGAGCUGUUGUUCUAAUUGGCUUGUGGGAAUCUCUCUUGCCUCAGAAAACAAAGCUAGAUUUAAUUGGCUUAAGUUACAAGAAGGUAGAUUUUGGUUGAACAUUCGGAGAAACAUCUUAAUGGUUGGAGAAAUUUAACCAUAGAACCAAUUACAAGAUAGGCUUUCCAUUGUUGAAACCCUACAGGCACUGGCUGGGCAGGUCAGCAUCUCCCGACAGGGCUGGGAGAGAAUGCUGCCAGUCAGUGUAGAUGCUACUGUGCUGGAUGGGCCAGUGAUCUCACUAUAUACAAGACUGCUUCCUAUGUUCAGCUGGAUUUUCUGCCUCAAGCAGGGCAUGGGACUACGUGGCCUACGAAAACUCUGUCAACUCUUGAAUUCACAUAGGUAGAAUACUGUACUAGGUUGAUUAACAUAUAGCUCAUAUUCCAAGCUUUGUGGCUGAUGGGAGAACCUUCAACAUCUUUUCUUCUUGUCUCCUUGGGAGUCCCUUAAAAGAAAUAGUAACUAGAAAUUGAGUUGUAGGCAUACCACACAAGAUGUCUUGUGGCUUAUCCUCAUGUUUCUCUUACCUCACUUUGAGGAGGGUGUCUUGCUACGUUAUUGAUAAUGUUAAUGCAUUGUGCUUUCUGGCACACAGCAAUUACUGAGAAUUCAUUAUUGAAGCAUUCAAUUGGCCUUCUUUAUUUAUAGCAUUUGUACCCUGCUCUUUAGCCAAAAAGGCCUCUAAAAUGACUUACAUAAAAUCAAAACAAGACACUCUCUACCUACAGGUUUACAAUCUGAGAAAACAACCAAACAAACCCGACAACACACAAGGGGAAAAGGAUGGAAGAGGAAAAUAAAAAUAAAAACUCUGGCACCAAUUACUAGACUGUUUUUCCUAUAUUGACCUGUUGGCACAGUUCAGAGGCAGAUGGUGUCUGAUGCUGGGCUUCCAGCAGAGCCGAUGGACUGACCCUGCUUCCUCUCCCAUUGAGGCAGUCUGGUGGAAUGGCUUCCCCCAGAUGACAGUUGAGGGAGAGGAGGCUUGAUGGGUCUAGUCAGUGUGUCACAGCAGAGCCUGUGUAAUGAGCUCCACUUCUUAGCUGUACAUUAGGAAAUAAUGGUUAUUUAGCAGAGUAAUUGACUACCUCAGGAGGUUUUAAGGAAGAAUUGGGUGGUCAUCUGUUAGAGAUGCAGGAGUUUCAUCUUCUAUUGUAGAUCCUUCAGUGAACAGGGGCUUGGACUAGAUAACCGCUCUUUCUUCCACAUGCCAUAGACGAGCCUUGUGGCUUACCAGUAGAACAACUUUCUGGAAGAUAGCUAAAAGCUCAUUUAAGGGUUAUUUGGGGAUAAACUUGCAUGUUUUCAACCAGUACUUCUGACAUCUUAGGGUAAGAUAUCCUAGUACAGUGGUACCUCGGGUUAAGUACUUAAUUCGUUCCGGAGGUCUGUUCUUAAGCUGAAACGGUUCUUAACCUGAAGCACCACUUUAGCUAAUGGGGCCUCCCACCGUUGGAGCACGAUUUCUGUUCUCAUCCUAAAGCAAAGUUCUUAACCUGAAGCGCUAUUUCUGGGUUAGCGGAGUCUGUAACCUGAAGCGUAUGUAACCCAAGGUACCACUGUAUAUUUUUAUAUGUAUGUUCUGUGGAAAUCUGUCAGCCUCCUAAGGUUAAGGCCUUAGGGGACCCCUCUCUAGUAAGUGUUCAAAGUGAUCUCUCAGCUAGCACCAGAUAUUUUUACAGCAAAGUAACUCUAUUUUCUAUUGACACUAUUCGUUUGCAUCUAUUUUUAACAUGUGUUAAAAAUAAUACCGUAUUUUUCGCUCGAUAACACACACCCGACCAUAACACGCAUGUAGUUUUUAGAAGAGGAAAACAAGAAAAAUAUUCUAAACGAAACAGUGGAUGUAUGAUUUUUGUGGUUCAUGCUUUGGCCACAGACAUGUGAUCUGACAGUGAGUUUGGGGUAGCCCAAUGCAAAAAUCCUGAGGAUCCAUGUGGAUCCAUGUUUGUAACCAUGUUUUUGCACCACUGCAGCCCCAAGUAACAGUGGGUGCGUGAUUUUUUUGGUGCAAACUGUAGCCAUGGACAUGCUAUGUGAUCUGACAGUGAAUUUGGGGUGACCCAGUGCAAAAAUCCUGAGGAUCCAUGUGGAUCUGUGCUUUGUAACCACGUUUUAAGUGGGGAGGGAAGGAAAAGCACUCAAGGGACAAGGAGCACACAUGGAGCAGGCUCUGCUUCUCCCCCCCGUUAGCGAGCUGAAAAACUUUGCUGGAGGGACAGAGAGCCUGUUUGCUUUAAAGGAGCCUACCGGACAGGAGCCGCUUACACGAGUGGUACCUUCUCCCCCCACCCCUUAGCGAGCUGAAAAGCAAAGCGGGAGGAGACUGAAAAUCUUUCCUGCUAUUUCCAGCAAAGCAGGAGAAGAGCCGCUGAGUGGGGAGGAGGGAGAGAAGCAGAACCUGCUUGCUUUAAAGGAGCCAACCGGACAGGAGCCGCUUACACUCGGGUUAGCGGCUCCACUGCCCUCCCGCUUGCUUCUUUAAAGAAGCAGGCACUCUGUCCCUCUCUCCUCCCCAUUCAGCGGCUCUUCUCCCGCUGGAAACCACGGAGGAGGGAAGCAUUCGCUCCGUAACACGCACAGACAUUUCCCCUUACUUUCUAGGAGGAAAAAAACGCGUGUUAUGGAGCGGAAACUACGGUAAUAUAAGUUGCUGGUGAUGUGAAUACUUGAUAAAACUGUUCUACUAAAGAGCAGCUGCCUGGUAAAUGUAUCCAAUUCCAAAUGUGCAUUUUAAUGCACGAUUAUGUAUGCCACAGCAACAAGGUAUUUUUCUCCCACAUUCCUCAAAAAGAUUCUUACGAGUAUUGUUUUGAUCAGCAAUAAACCUCUUAGUGCACUACUUCCCCUGCUGGCAAAAAUCCUUGUAAAGCAACACUAGAUUAUUUAAGUCUCCCACUUCUUCAAACCCCCUUAGUAGAGCUUUGAGGUGAACUUAUUCAUACCAGUCCCCUUCUCUCAAAUGUGCUAAAUUUCAGAUUAGUGAAUAAAUUUGGAUCUCCUUUAUGAAGAUGCUCUCAUAGGGCUGUUUCAAGGUUUGUCUUAAUUUAGUCCAUAAUAAUUUAUUUAAACUUCUUCAUCACUAGACCUUUUGCAGAAGAAAGGAACAAGUGACAUAAACAAAAGAAAGAUUUCUGUCCUGAUGUCCUUACAAUCACUAAGGUUUAACAUGGGGAGGGCGAGAGGUUAGAAUUAAUAUGAGCAAAUACAACUAACACGUACAUAGACUUUGUUUUAGUUGAUGAGGGUACUUAGCAUUUAUAGACAAUGUUCACAGAGGUAGCUCUAUUACUGUUGUAGCAAAACAAAAGAAUCUUGUAGACUCUUGAAGGCUUACAAAUGUAUUAUGGUAUAAUAUUUCUGGUCCACAAAAGAUUAUGCCACAAUAAAUUUGUUAGCCUUUAAGGCUAACAAAGGGAUUAUCUGAUCCAUAAUCCCUGACCAUUGGCCAUGCUGAUGUGGAUGGAGUCCAACAUCUGGAGGGCCACAUGUUCUUCAUGUAUCAGUGUGUUUCAAGGCUUCUUGUAGUAUUUACAUAGUGUAGUUGAAGUGUUCAUAAGUGCUUUGUGUUCUUAUUUGAUGAGUACUGUCUCCAUAUACCAGCAAACAACUGAAAUGGCAUUUGAAUAAUUUUAAAAUACAGCACCUAAAAUAAAACACAACAAAUAUAUUCCUUGUGGUUUCAACAGCCAGUAAAACAGUAAAUUCAAGCAGGCUUCAAUAGUAACACCCAGCAGAUAUUUGUUGCAUGGAAGCAUAACCAUAUUUACUUUGAAGUAAAUUCUGUUGCGGAAAAUGCAGUUUAAGUAAAGGUAAAGGGACCCCUGACCAUUAGGUCCAGUCGUGACUGACUCUGGGGUUGCGGCGCUCAUCUCGCUUUAUUGGCUGAGGGAGCUGGCGUACAGCUUCCGGGUCAUGUGGCCAGCAUGACUAAGCCGCUUCUGGCGAACCAGAGCAGCGCACGGAAACGCCAUUUACCUUCCCGCCGGAGCGGUACCUAUUUAUCUACUUGCACUUUGACGUGCUUUCGAACUGCUAAGUUGGCAGGAACAGGGACCGAGCAACGGGAGCUCACCCCGUCAUUGCGGGGAUUCGAACCGCCGACCUUCUGAUCGGCAAGUCCUAGGCUCUGUGGUUUAACCCACAGUGCCACCCUCAUCCCUCAAAAUGCAGUUUACUUACUAGUAAAUGUUCUUAAAAUUGCAGCGUUGGUUUUAGAGUAGCGUACAAAUAAUUUUAUGUUUGAACUAUAAUUGUGAAUCUUUGCUAAGCAAAAUUAAGGCUAUGCAGUCUUCAUCACUGGGUCCUGUUUAGGCUGCAUGUCCUUUAGGUGUCAAGAGUUCUUUGUCUAAAAUGUUGCUCAUUUGCUAGUCUGGUAUUCCAUUGUUUUCUUCCAUUUUCUUCUUCAUGAUGUUUACUGUAGUUAUGUUAAAUGAGCUCAGUCAGCUGAAAGGCACUGUGCCCAGGGGAGCAUGAAUGCAACUGCAGUGCAUUCUGGCAUGUAUUUUUGUUCUGUGAACUAACAGCAAAAUUGAGAGCCAGAUCUUUGGAGUCCCAUUUUAAAUGAGUAGUGUUUGUGCAGAAAGUAUCCAAAGACUGCAAAUGACUUGAGACCUGUGAGCAGAGUUCCAUUCACAUACUGGGGAUUUCCCACGCCCAUUGUAGUUCUUGGCAUCUCCUGAAAAGCCACUCUUGUGGGUUAGUCAUAUUCAUUUAAUUGGGUCUAAUCAGAGUAGGUCUAGUUUUGAAUACCACCCUUAACUUUGAUCUCUAAUUGUCUAGUGAUGCCCCCACAUCGGAUAGGCAUGUUUUUUAAAAACUCACUGGGAAGAAUCAUUUUGACUUGUGUUUUUCUGAGAGCUGGCAUGUACAGAAAAAGUAACGAAUUGUAGAUGGAGUCCUGCAAAUGUUGGUGGAGUUUUUUUCAUGUAUCCUCCUUUUCCUUUUUUUAGGCUGUUGAAAAUCUCUGCUCAUAUAAGAUUUCUGCAAAUUUGUACAAGCAGUUAAGACAGAUUUGUGAAGACCAUAUCAAAGCACAGAUCCAUCAGUUCAGAGAAUAUCCUUUUUGUGUAGUAAGUCUGUUUGCGGACUUCAUUUUUAUAAUGCCUGAAAUCCAGAUACAUACACACAUCUGUGUUCUUCUGUGUUUCCCUCUGAGCAUCUUCCCUGUUCAAACUUCAAGGUGGAUAUUUACAUCAUUGGAGUCUUAA